UUUUAAUUCCUCAAAAUUUCUGUCAUCGCAAACGGCCAAACGCGCUCUCAUAUGCAACAGUAGUGCGAUCCGCACUUCGACUUUCACGUCUUUCUGCCUAUCACAACACGCCAACACUAACACCGCAACCGCAUCUUCCUCCACCACCACCACCACCCUUCUCCGUCACCACCACCACCACACACCUCAAAAACCCUUCAUCUCCGUCGUUCAUUCGUUUUAUGCUGCAUCAUUCCAUUUCUCCCUUCAUGUUCCGAUGGAAUCUGACAAAGUAACCCUCGCUCCUCUCAUCCUAGGAACCUGUACCAGACCCUCAUGGGCGGUGCUCUUCCUCCUCUUCACCGUCGUCACCAUCCUCUCCCUCCAGCUUUCCACGUGGUCCGUUUUACCGGUCUGGACGCUCUCCGGUUCGGUCGGACCGGAGCCAUCCCCGCCGGAUCAGACCACCUGCUCCGGUUUCUUCCACGACGUUCCACGGCGGAAGGUGGUCGCGUCGAUCGAGGAUUUCGGCGGCGUUGGCGACGGGAAGACCUCGAACACGGAGGCGUUUCGGAGGGCGAUUCGGUUCAUGCAGCGCUUCCGUGAUCGAGGUGGGUCCCAGCUGAAUAUCCCCAACGGAAAGUGGCUCACCGGUAGUUUUAACCUCACCAGUGAUUUCACGCUUUUUCUACAACAGGGUGCUGUUAUUUUGGCUUCUCAGGACCCAGAAGAAUGGCCUAUAAUUGAACCAUUGCCAUCUUAUGGAAGAGGCAGAGAAAGGUUAGGUGGAAGACAUAUUAGCCUUAUACAUGGAAAUGGAGUCCGCAAUGUUAUCAUCACAGGACAAAAUGGGACAGUUGAUGGUCAAGGGAAGAUGUGGUGGGAACUUUGGUGGAACAGAACAUUGGAGCACACAAGGGGCCACCUCCUUGAACUAAUGUACUCUGACAAUGUUCUUGUCUCCAACCUCACCUUUCGAAAUUCUCCAUUUUGGACCAUCCAUCCUGUUUACUGCAGUAAUGUUGUGAUCAAAGGAAUGACAAUCUUGGCUCCUCUCAAUGCUCCAAACACUGAUGGCAUAGACCCAGACUCAAGCACCAACGUAUGCAUUGAAGAUAACUACAUAGAAAGUGGAGAUGAUCUAGUAGCCAUCAAGAGUGGUUGGGAUCACUAUGGAAUCACCAUGGCCCGUCCAAGCACCAACAUCAUAGUGCGGAGAGUUUCGGGCACCACCCCAACUUGUUCUGGAGUAGGAAUAGGCAGCGAGAUGUCUGGUGGAAUUGCAAACAUUACAAUUGAGAAUUUGCACGUGUGGGAUUCUGCAGCUGGUGUUCGCAUAAAAUCUGAUAAAGGCAGAGGGGGCUAUAUAACAAAUGUUAGUAUAAGUGAUAUAAGAAUGGAGAGAGUGAAGAUACCUAUUAGGUUCAGUAGAGGUUCAAACGACCACCCUGAUGAUGGGUGGGAUCCAAAAGCUGUUCCAAGAUUCAAGGACAUUUUAAUCAGUAAUAUAAUUUGUGUGAAUUCAACAAAAGCCCCAGUUUUGGAAGGCGUAGAGGGCUCAUCAUUUGAAGGCUUGUGUUUCAGAAAUAUUUCUCUUAUUGGUGUUGCCUCAUCUUCAACAUGGCAUUGUGAACAUGUCUCUGGUUUUGCCACUGAUGUGUUACCUGUGCCAUGUUCUGAGUUGAAGAACAAUGCCAACUCAUCUUGGUGUUCACCUUCCUGAUUUAUACCGUUCUAAAAUCUGGAAUGUUCCAAGUUCCAAAAAUCAGGGUGUGCUGACCUUACUGCUUGAUUAAGCAGCUCUUGGUCUUGCUUGGGCAGAUUGAUUUGAUGCAAAAACAAUGAUGGAAUGAAUUAGGUUCAUGUAACCUGAAUUAACGUUACAUAUUCCAUGUUUAUGAUUGGAACUGGCAGAAUACCAAUCUGGUUGAUGUCAUGCUCCCUCUUCUGCCAUGAUUUGUGGCUAUAGAACAAGAAGUUGGAAUUGGGGUUUAGGAUUUGUAGCUGUAUCAAAUUUGGGUUUAGCUUGCUUAGCACCAGCAGUGAACCAAUUAUUCUUGUGCUUUACUUUACGAGAUUUUUUCCUGUAAAAUUAUUUUUUGGUGUUGUAUAGACAGUUUGAGAGCCUGACUUCAGAGAAUUUUUUUUUUGAACUAGAUUGUUGUGUAAGGUGGAUGAUGAAUCAGGGGUGUUUAUGAUAAAUUAUUAAUUAUUUUUAGUUGGAGAAAACUAUUGUAGAUUA